UAUUCUAAAAUACAGAGAACAAGGAACUGAGAGAAAUGGCUAUAGUAGUACCAGGGGUGACUUUAAGCUCUUGUGGUUUGACCAUGCCGGUUAUCGGCAUGGGAACUUCAUCAAGCCCUCCGGUUGCUCCAGAAACUACAAAGGCUGCUAUUAUUGAAGCAAUCAAAGCAGGCUACCGUCACUUUGACACAGCCUUUGCAUAUCGGACUGAGCAGCCCCUAGGUGAAGCGAUUGCCGAGGCCUUGCAUCUUGGCCUGAUAAAGUCCAGAGAUGAACUCUUCAUUACUUCCAAGUUAUGGAGCAGCUUUGCUGAGAAGGACCUUAUCUUGCCUGCUAUCAAGAUGAGCCUCAGGAAUCUUCAGUUGGACUACAUUGAUUUGUACCUUAUACAUUGGCCAUUGAAAUUGAGCCAAGAGGUACGUCAAAUGCCUGUUAUAAGGGAACAUAUAUUUCCCCUAGAUAUCAAGUCAGUCUGGGAAGGAAUGGAAGAAUGCAAGAACCUUGGCCUGACAAAGGCCAUUGGGGUGAGCAAUUUCUCUUGUAAGAAGCUUGAGGAGCUCCUCUCUACUGCCAAAAUUCCCCCAGCUGUUAAUCAAGUGGAGAUGAAUCCUCUCUGGCAGCAGAAGAAAUUGAGGGAGUUUUGCAAGGCAAGGGAUAUCCAUGUCUCAGCUUUCUCACCAUUGGGAGCAAACAACACUAAAUGGGGAGACAACAGAAUUUUGGAGUGUGAUGUGCUUGAACAGAUUGCAAAGGCUAAAGGAAAAACCACUGCUCAGAUUUCCAUAAGAUGGCUAUAUGAGCAAGGGGUGAGCACCAUAGCGAAAAGCUUCAACAAGGAGAGAAUGAAACAGAACCUCGACAUCUUUGAUUGGUCUUUAACUGAAGAGGAGUCCAACAAGAUAAGUCAGCUUCCUCAACGCAAGGGAAUUACAUUUGAAUCUAUUUUGGGUCCUCAUGAUUUAGUGCUUGAGCUUGAUGCUGAGACUUUAAAUGAAUACUAAAUGGUAAAUUGUAAUUCAAUCAUAUUCUGCACUGCCGUUUCAUCUUUCUUAUGUAUUAUGCACUUUAUAUAUGAAUAAAAUGAAUGAACAUUUGCUG